AUGAAAAGAUUUUUAAGCGUUAAAAAAAUUGAAACUCCAAACUGCAAAAAAAAACAAGAUAAACGAAAAACUAAUGAUGAUAUAGUAAAUACAUGUAAACAGCUUAUCAAGCAGCAAAAUGAAUACAGUUAUGAACAACAAAGAUCUAUUCUUUCUGUACAUAAAAAUGCUUCACAAAGUAUUGAUAUUGUUAAGAAAUAUGUAGCUGAAACAGGCAAACAUAUUUCAGUAGAAACUAUACAAAAUACAUUAAAAAGGUAUGGCUACAAAGCCAAGGUUAAACCUAAAAAACCUGCAAUAAGUGAAAAUACCAGAUUAAAACAUCUUGUAUUUGCCAAAAAGCAUCUUAAAUGGACUGUGGAUGAUUGGAGAAAAGUUGUUUUUUUUAAUGAGAAUAAAUUAGAACCUGAUUAUGUUAGUCAGACCAAAAAAUUUGAAGAUAACAAAGGUUAUCGUAUAAUUCUGGCUAAAGAUCUUUUUGGCACCUUACUUGAACAUGAUUUAGAUUUUAAAGAUUCUCCAUAUUCUGCUGACUUAAACCCAAUAGAAAAUGCUUGA